UUCCCGCAUAUGAUAUUUAUUGAAAGGAAGUUGUCUGGUCAGUUCCAGGAGUUGGGUACAUUGGGCAGCAGUCUGUCAGGGCAGUGACUUAGCCGCCUCCUGUGGGCAGGAGUGUGACCAUGCCAUUUCACUCCGUGUAGCUACCAAGAAGGAAAGACCUAACGACCCCAGUGCCUCCAUCCACAGCGAUGUCGGAGCUCAGCGAUGAAGCCAGCGAGCCGGAGCUGCUGAACCGCAGCUUGUCCAUGUGGCAUGGGCUGGGUGCGCAGGUCAGCCGGGAGGAGCUGGCUGUCCCCUUGGAUCUUCACACAGCUGCUUCCAUUGGCCAGUAUGAAGUGGUGAAGGAAUGUGUGCAGCGGAGAGAGUUAGAUUUGAAUAAGAAGAAUGGUGGUGGCUGGACCCCGCUGAUGUAUGCCUCCUACAUUGGACACGAUACCAUCGUGCACCUGCUGCUCGAGGCGGGGGUGAGUGUGAAUGUGCCGACCCCGGAAGGGCAGACUCCGCUGAUGCUGGCUUCCAGCUGUGGCAACGAGAGCAUCGCCUAUUUCCUCCUCCAGCAAGGUGCUGAGCUAGAAAUGAAGGACAUUCAAGGCUGGACUGCCCUCUUCCACUGCACCAGUGCUGGGCACCAGCAGAUGGUCAAGUUCCUUUUGGACAGUGGAGCGAACGCCAAUGUGAGGGAGCCUGUAUAUGGAUUCACUCCUUUGAUGGAAGCGGCUGCCGCUGGCCAUGAAAUAAUCGUGCAGUAUUUUCUGAAUCAUGGAGUCAAAGUGGACACAAGAGACCACAGUGGAGCCACAGCCCGGAUGCUGGCCAAGCAGUUUGGACACAUGAAGAUUGUGGGGCUGAUAGACGUUCACUCACCUUCUCUGCCCAAGAGCCUCUACCGGAGUCCAGAAAAAUACGAAGAUCUGAGCUCUUCAGAUGAAUCCUGCCCUGUCCCUCAGAGACAGAGGCCCUGUCGGAAGAAGGGCCUCAGCAUCCACGAGGGGCCACGAGCCUUGGCUAGGCUCACAGCUAUUGGACUUGGAGGCAGGAUGCAGCAGCCUUGCUAUGAGCAGGUGCCUCCACAGGGCUAUGUCACCUUCAACAGCAGCGAUGAGAACCCCCUGGAAGAGGGGGGCCUCUGCUACAGGGACGUCACCUCCCCCAUCAAUGAGCGGGAUGUGGAGAGCAGCAGCAGCAGCAGCCGGGGUACGCACGCCCCCCCGCCACCAGUCCAGCUGGGCCAUGGCCCUGUGACGGGUCCAUCCGGCAGAGGAGAGGGUGAAGAAGAGCACGCCUUCUGUGCCCACCUCGGGGCCGCGCGGAGCAGCAGCAGCAGUGAGGGCCUGGCCCGGGCCCCGGAACUCAGCAGCGAGGCCUCCCUGGAGAGCAACGAGGAUUCAGAUCAUGCGCGGAAAAGCUCGGUUCGCAAACAAACUAAAAGCUACGUGAAGACCAAGAAUCGUUACAGCAGCAGCGACAGCCAGUGGCCUCCUGGCACCGGGACUUCCUGUGCCCCAAGAUUGAUCCCCCAGACUGACAGGUCCCCCUACUCAGGACCCCAGGACCUUGCCACACUGCUGGAGCAGAUUGGCUGUCUCAAAUACCUGCAGGUGUUUGAGGAGCAGGAUGUGGACCUCCGCAUCUUUCUGACCCUCACUGAGAGCGACCUGAAGGAAAUCGGCAUCACGUUGUUUGGGCCCAAGAGAAAGAUGACCUCUGCCAUCGCCCGCUGGCACAGCAGCGCCCGCCCCCCCAGUGAUGCCUUGGAGCUGGCCUAUGCUGACCGGCUUGAAGCCGAGAUGCAGGAGCUCGCCAUCCAGCUGCACAAAGUAAGUAGAGAGCUGGGGCAGGGGAUGUGCAGAGAAGGACACAGCGUGGAGACAGAUGCCCAGAAUCAGCAGAGAGCAGCAGCCAGGGCGGGUGACAGGACAGCGAGGCCAGGAGGCAUCAUGGCUCAGAUGCAGUGGGGCGCACAGGUGGACACAGAGGGGAGAAAGGGUGUCAGCAACGCACACCGCGGGGCUUGCAGGAAGGGGCCCAGGCUGGGGGGGCUCCAAGGUGGAGACACGUCCCCCGCAGGCCAGGAGAGGAGGAGGCAGUCUGACAGUGGCGAUGGAACCUGGUUGGGGGGAACCCCGCCUGAGUGUUCAUUCCCUACCCCCGAACCUGCCUGCUGCACCUGCUGCCUCUUCCGCUGCAGCGCUGUGAGGAGGUGGAGGCCAUGCGGGGCCUGGUGUCACAGGAGCAGGAGCUGCGGGCCGUGGUGGAGAGCUGCCUCCUGGAACAGGAUGGUGCCCGCAAGGACGUCCAUGCACAGUUGCAGGAGACCUGGGCCCUGACCCGGGACGCUGCGCUCGUCCUGGACCAGCUGCGGUAAGUGGGUGUUUGAGCUGCCCCCCGGCCAGGGCCAAGUCACUGUUUCCUCCAGGUUCUUCCAAGAAUGGGUCGUGUUCAGGGCCUCCUGGAGUCACCGCCACCCCAAUUUAAUCUGGCUGUCCCUCCUUGCAGGGCAGACCAGGCAGCAUUGGGGCCCCAUGUGGGUCUUUCUCUGCCCAGGCCGCACAGGCGCAGGCUGGCAGGGCGCACAGAGCAGAGCCCCACCUCACACUCAGGGAGAAGGGUGUCUGCGCUCGCCUGGCCUCUCCCCUCACCAGCAAUUGGUUCUCAUGUCCGGCAGAGCCU